GUGGAGGUCGCAUUCGCGAUGCAGCACCAGCCCGCCGGGAUCCGGCGAAAUUUCCACAACAAGAUCGUCGCCUGCCAUCGUUGUCAUGCUAAGAAAAUCAAGUGCUCGGGUGGAAAGCCGUGUCAGAAUUGCCUCCAGGCCGAGAAAGCACCCGAAUGCUCCUAUCCCCUGCGGAAUCGAAUGGUCAAAGUACCGCAACGGUUCAUCGACGGGUUGUAUCAAGAGAUAAAUUCGCUCAACCAGUGCCAAAAUGCUACUCAAGCUGGAGACAAUCACCCGUCUUUAGAUCAUGGCCCACAUCAUGAAGAUUAUGCGUCCCGCGCACCGUUCAUUCAUCCGACGCCGGACCCUGCAGGAUCAGGACGCGUACCUGAAUCAAAUGCGAAUUCGCAACCUAUCUGCGAGGAGGGCGAGUCGCAGGUUAAUGCCACCUUGAAUGAAGCACCAUGGUUCGACAACCGCAAUGUUUUCGACAGUCCGAUUUUCAUCAGUGAAGCCGCCGACGCAGCCUUCGCCACGCGUUUCCGUCAGGUCAUCGCCGAUCCCGACGCCCCCGAACCAACGCAUCUACUGCGUCUAAACUAUGCUAAUACCGAGGCUUUGAUGGCUUUGAGUGAGUCUGGUGCUUCCUGGCCGAGCCAGGCACGCGCUAGGUUUCUCCUUGAAGCGGCGCUGAAAUUUAUCGGCCGUUGUUGCUAUGUUGUUUGCCACGAUGCCGCACGCCAGGGCCUAUCCCAGAUUUACAUAGAUCGCUGCUGGGGAGGGCCAGUCGUCAGUUGCAAGUACUGGGCCCUCUUUUCUCUCGGCGAAUUGUACGCCACCCGAACCCCGGCGACACAAAGCUAUCCCGGGAUGGCGUAUUUCGCCCAAGCGAGCAAGAUGCUGGCCUACCUAGAUGAACGUCCCGGCACGGAUACUAUUGAAACACUACUACUCUUAUCAAUUUAUUCCUUGGCUCUCAACCGACGCUACAGCGCCUACAUUAUGUCUGGAACGGCUAUGCGCUCGGCCAUCGUAAUGGGCCUACAUUUAAAUAUCUCAGACACUCAGCUCCCUGACGUGGGAGCCCGCGAGCAUCGCAAACGCUUGUUUUGGACGACUUACAUGUUCGACCGUCUAUGGGGAGCUAAUCUAGGCCAUCCUGCGGCGAUCCAAGAUGAUGAGAUUGAGGUAGAUCUGCCGUCUACGCGUGCAGUCCACGAGAAUGUAAUUUCACACGAUGAUUUUGACAGUGAGUAUUACACAGCCAGCGUUAAGUUGGUAGGCCAUUUGACCAACGUCAUACGAUCGAUUUAUACCGUUCGCCGCCACAAUCAUGACACUCAGCUCUCUGCUCGAGUGCACCAAGCACUGCACGAACUGCAGGCCUGGAUGGAUCAGUUACCGUCACGCCUGCAAAUAGUCCCUAGAUCCGGUGCUUCCCACGAUUGGAAGCUUGUCUCGCUUCAUCUUUCCUUCUACCAGUCCGUCAUACUCGCCACGCGCCCCAUCCUACUCCACACCCUCCGGGUCCAAGUAGCCGCAGCAGGUAGUCCCGGAUCGUCUGCCCAAGUUCCCAUGAGCGCCUCGGCGCUGUCAGAAGCCUGUAUCCGCUGCGCACGGCAUUCGGUCCAGCUCCUGGCUCAGUCUUGGAUCGACGGCUCCUUCGUUACCUUCGACUGCUUCUUCACGCAGUACCUAUUUUCUUCGUUGACCGUGCUCGCCAUCUCGAGCCUUCUAUAUGGUUCGGAUAGCCAAGACGACCGCGGCUUGUUUGAGGAGGCUACCCGGCUCCUGCUAGAGCUGAAAGAGGCCGGGAACUGUGUAGCUCAGGAGUAUUGUCACCAUGUUGACGUGAUCGAGACCGCAUUGGCGGCCUAUGCAAAGCGCAUCCUGCCCUUGCAGGCUACCAAUGAGCCUGUUCCAGAAGUCCCUCCUGAUAUGGAUACAGAUUCAACUACGUCGCAACUAGCGCCAGACCUGCCUCGUGGAGUAGUCCCGAUGGCAGGCGUGCCCUGGACCGAGUCUUCCUUGCAGCAGCUUCUGUCUCAACCAGCCCUUGACAUGCAGUUUCUGGAAGAUGCAGUGCGCGAUACUUAUUCACAGGGCCUGUACUAAUCGGACCUAGUUCAAAGAUGUUAAAUGAACGUGGCUAUGAUUGCAAGAAUAAACAAUUCUAACGCUGCAGUCCAAGCGAC